UUGACUAUAGAAGAAGAAGAAGAGAAAGGACCCAUCUGUUCAUGUGGAGGCACAUAAAGAAAGAGGGGGAGAGAGAGGACGGACGCAGAGGAGGCGCACGGAGAAGGAACAGAAAACCCCUUCAGACCCCGACAGAAGAUUUCUCUGAGGGAAUACUAUCUGUACGAUAUGCAGCCAAGAUGAGGAUGUGGACUGUUUUUCUGUGUCUGAGUUAUGGAUGGAUGAAAACAGCGUCCACAGCCGGAGUGACCCUCGAACCCUCCUCUGCACCCGUGACUCCCACUGAGGAUGGAAGCACCCAACUGGUGGAUUGGUUGAUGAAGUAUGGCUACCUGCCGCCCUCCGACCCAUCCACUGGUCAGCUGCAGGCGUGGACAGCUGUCACAAACGCUGUCAGGGCCAUGCAGAGGUUUGCAGGCCUCAACGACACUGGAGUUGUCGACGACGACACUGUGGCGUUGAUGAAGAGUCCUCGGUGCUCCCUUCCUGAUGAGGACGAGCCGUCUAAUUCAGCCGUCAACCAAGAGAGACGGAACAUGAAGAGGAGGAGGAGAAGAGCUGUCUCCAUGUGGAACCGCAGGAACAUUAACUGGAGGUUGCGUUCGUACCCGUCUUCCUCUCAUCUGGCCCGAGAAACGAUUCGCUCUCUGGUCUUUUAUGCUUUAAGAGUCUGGGCCGAGCCAACGCCGCUGGAGUUCCAUGAGGUGGGCAGUCCAGAGGCAGCAGACCUACAGGUAGACUUCCUCAACGGUUACCAUGGUGAUGGUUAUCCCUUCGAUGGAGCAGGCGGUGCAGUCGGCCAUGCUUUCUUCCCAUCAGACCCGGCCCGGGCAGGAGGAGUUCAUCUGGAUGCAGAGGAGGAGUGGGCCUUCAGACAGCCAGCCACCGAGGGCACCGACCUGUUCACGGUGUUGGUCCACGAGUUCGGACACGCACUCGGACUCGCCCACUCGUCGUCCCGACACUCGGUGAUGAGGCCGUACUACCAGGGUCCUGCUGGAGACCCUCUUCACUUCCGCCUGGGAGCCCAAGACCUGGAGCUCAUCACCCAGCUCUACGGUAAAAGAAACCAGCUGCUGGCCACCGACGCUCCUCGUCUCGCUCCAGAGCUUCAGCUGCGUCACAGAGGAAACAACGACCAUCAUCAUCAUCACAGACACAGCUCAGUCAUCGAUCGCUGCAACACCAGUUUUGAUUCGGUGGCGAGGAUCAGAGGAGAGACUUUCUUCUUCAAAGGUCUAAAAAUACCAGAAAAAAAACGGAUUGCUCUCGAGUCAAAUUACAAAACAGACAUAAAUGCCUACACGGCGUUUGUGAGCAGAAUCACUUUCAACCCAUUCUUUCGCUCCUCCGUUCUGUCUCUCAUCCCUCCAGGUCUGACGAUGUGGCGGGUUAAUGGUGGGGGCUUGGUGUCGGGUCGGGGGGCCUCGGUCAGACGGCUGUGGAGGGGUCUUCCCGCUGACCUGCCUCGUCUUCACGCCGUGCUCGAGAGGCAAUCCGAUCACGCCAUCAUCUUCAUCAGCGGUUCACAGUUCUGGCUGUUCAGGGAUCUGUCCCUGCAGGAUGGCUACCCUCAGCCUCUGUCCGCCCUGAGGAUGGGGCUGAGCUUAGCUGGAGCCGAUGCUGAUGAUGGUGAGGUGGACGAGGCAGCAGCAGUGAGGUGGGGUCUGGUGUGGGAUCCACUGGAGGGUCCUCUGUGGGGGAACAUGGGAGCCGCUGAGGAAGAUCAGCAGGAAGACGCCUGGACUCAGCUGCUGAGGGAGGGUGUGAGCGGCAUCACCACGGAGAGCGACGGCUCGGUUAACCUCUUCAAAGGAGACCUGUACUGGAAGUUCUCGUUUCCCGGCUCCUUGCUGCAGGACGGUUACCCACGAUCCUCCGCUGCUGACUGGCUGGACUGCCUUGACUCCUCCUCCUCCUCACCUGUGGUGGAAGACCUCUCCUUGUCUCUGUCUCCUCCUGCAGGACGGCAGGAGCUGAGAGAGAGCUGGAGGGAGGAGAGAGAGAAGGAGGAGGCAGGUGGAAGGAGGAGGGGCGGACAUGAAAAUAGACAUAAAGACACACAGGGCGGAGGGGCACACACCUGGACACAAUGCACCUGCCAGAGCGCUGCUCCUGGUGGAAGGACAACCUCUAUUCUUGUUCUCUUCACUUUGUUCCUGUUGGCUACUCAGAGCUGCACUCAGACAAAAUAAGUCAACGGUCUUACUCAGGUUUCUUCAGCGCUGAAGAGAAGCAAAUGUUUUUGUG